CGGAGAGCGAGAGCAGCACGCGCACCGCCCGCUCGCUGUAGUAUGGCAUCGAGGAGAAUGGAGACCAAACCCGUGAUAACGUGCCUGAAAACCCUGCUCAUCGUCUACUCCUUCGUGUUCUGGAUCACGGGGGCGAUCCUCCUCGCGGUGGGACUAUGGGGGAAGUUUAUGCUCGGGCCGUACAUCUCCCUGAUCGCGGAGAACUCCACCAACGCGCCGUACGUCCUCAUCGGCACCGGGACCACCAUCAUCGUCUUCGGGCUGUUCGGCUGCUUCGCCACCUGCAGGGGGAGCCCAUGGAUGCUCAAACUGUAUGCCAUGUUCCUCUCGCUGGUCUUCCUGGCUGAGCUGGUGGCCGGCAUCUCUGGGUUUGUUUUCCGUCAUGAGAUUAAAGGAACGUUCCUGAGGACCUAUAACGAAGCCGUGUUGCACUACAACGCGCAGGAUGAGAGGAGUCUGGCUGUGGAUAACGUGCAGAGGAGUCUGCGCUGCUGUGGUGUGUUGAACUACACGAGCUGGUUCAACAGUGUUUAUUUCCCCACUAACGGGAUUCCCCCCAGCUGCUGCGCCAACAUCUCCGACUGCAACGCCUCAGACCUGCGCAACGCCACUAUAGCGCCUAGCAAAGUGCACCAGCAGGGAUGUUAUGAGCUGGUGACCUCCUUCAUCGAGACUAACAUGGGCAUCAUCGCCGGAGUGACGUUCGGCAUCGCCUUCUCACAGCUCAUCGGGAUGCUGCUGGCAUGCUGUCUGUCCCGGUUUAUCACGGCUAAUCAGUACGAGAUGGUGUAGCAGAGUGGCCGUAGGAAGCUGUGAAGAGGACAUAACAUCAUUUUGGGGACCUGGAAAGGAAACCCAAAUCACUAGCACACUCCAUUCUUCUUCUUCUUCUUCUUUGCUUCAAUCCUUCUUUUCUCCUUCCUUUUCCUGCUCUGUCCUGGUAGUGUAUCAUUCCUAACUGUGCGUUUUUUUAUGUACCGGCUUCUCUUACAGAAAUCCUUAACUUUACACACACACACACACACACACACACUUCGCUCUGUACAAAGCCAUGCAUGCUGAGGCAUCUCCACUUCGAACCAAGCCGGGUUUUUAUUUAUUAACCGAACUCUAACUGACGUCUGCGUCGUAGCUCUAGUUCUUUGUCCGAUUAAGGAAAGAUAAAUAUAAAUAAAUAUGAUGGAAUUAAUACUAGGUUUUUCUUUUUUUCCUGUUGUUGUCGUUGCUGUAGUAACGUUUUCAGAAGAGGAAGGUCACGUCGCGUUCGGUUAGCUUUUUCUUGAUCUUGCCGCCAUUUUCCCAGCGCCAUUUUAUAAACCGCGCCGGAGCUGUACAGAGUUUUUGUGCUCGUUCUGCUUUUUAGAAGCUCGUCCUGUCUAGCCAGUGCAGCUCUAGCUAGUUUGUACUAGCGGGAUGAUGGCAUGGGAAGGUGUAGCGUGAUCUACGCAAGGGUUAUGUUGUUAACGUUACGCUAGGAUGUUUCAAAGAUUGUUCUUUCAGUCCGAGAUCACUGCAAAAAAAAAAUUUGUGGGAAUAUUCUUUCCCUUAGGUCAAUAUUAGACAAGAAUGAAAUAUACGAUUAGCGUACCGCGAAUUUUACCCAAAGAAUCAAAGACGCUGGAUUUGUUCAGUUUUCUAUGAGAGUGUUUGGAUUUGUUUUAAAUCUGACGACGUUUUUGUCGAACAGAUUUUUUGUUGCAAAGACUAAACUAGCAUGCAAAGGUAGUUAAGUAAGAAACUGAUCUGUGCUAGUUAGACAAAAAAGGUGAAGACUUUGUGAUAGUUUUCUUUAAGAAUAGGAAAAAACUUCUGUUCCCAUAAUGCAUUGUAAACCAAAAACUGAUGUUAAAAUCGCUAAAUCCAAGGUGGUUGACAUUAGGUUGUGUUCUAGAACAUUAAGAAUCAGAGACAAAAAAAACCUAUUGUGCAAAGAUUUAAUUCCGAGCAAACGUUAAUCGAUUUUGUGGUUAAUCGAUUAGCGGCUAAGCGUUCACAGUGGAAUAUAAUAAACUUUCUUUUUUUUUUUGGAGGAAAAUUUGGAACUAGGAUCAAAGAAUGGUAUCAAAUCAUGAUUUUUUUUUUAAUUGUCUAGUUAAAAUGUUAGCAAAGAUAGCUAGUCUGCUAGGUCAGUUUGGAAUUUUCAUCCUGACAAAAACUAGAAACUAGUUUUAGUCACGCAAAUACAGUACGCUAGUGAGCAGUUGUGGCUAGUUAACUAUUUACACAAGCUAGCUGGAGUAAGUUUGCUAAACUCAUUUAAAACGUCGUCCCUUUAAGGAAGAUUUAGCGCAACGUUUUCAGGACCAGAGAGCGGCGGUGAUCUCGGACUGAGCCACGACGGGGGAUGAAGCUCAGGCUGCUCGCUCCAUAUUUAAAGUCUCUGUGACGUUUCGGGUUUAGUUUCGAUAUUCUUUAUGGUUUUAUUUGGAUGAAUAUGACGCUGUAAUGACUUGUGUUCUAGAAUGAAUUACGCUUCCACAGCUUUCCCUAGUUUCAGUCCAUCAUGCAGUAUUAAUUAGCGCAUAAAAGCGAUAAAUAGUCUGUGAAUACACAAAACAAACAAACAAAAAAAAAGACGUCUCAAGCCGCGUGAUCUGAAAUCGGACGAGCGUACGGAUCUCGACACUUUGUACAAUAAAAAUGUAACUUUUUAAAAACGCGUCACCAGCUAGCAUGUGAGCAAACCUGUCUGUUGAUAUUGUAAACGACUGUGAUAUCUGUUAAUAAAAAUGGUUAUUUCAUCGUUAACAGUUA